UAAAGAUCGGUCGGAAUGUCAAAGGCAAUUAAGUUCUAUUAUGAUCUUCUGUCGCAGCCAAGUCGUGCUCUAUGGAUUGGAUUGAAACUGAGCAAGACUCCGUUCGAAGAUUGCCCCGUUGCCCUCCGAAAACGCGAGCAAUUGACUGAAGAAUACAAGAACAUCAAUCGGUUUCAGAAGGUGCCGGCCAUAGUGGAUGGUGAUUUCCAUUUGGCGGAAACCAUUGCCAUUAUACGCUAUCUGGCGGAUAAAGGUCAGUUUUGUGAGACGCUCUACCCAAAAUCCAUAGAAGAACGGGCCCGAGUGGAUGAGUACUUGGAGUGGCAGCACCUCAAUGUUCGUUUGGGCUGUUCCCUCUAUUUCCGCGAUGCCUGGUUAUUCCCCAUGAAUGGUAUAGCUCCCAAACCGAAACCUGAAAAGAUUCAAAAGCUAAUCAAGGGUGUGGAAGACAACCUGAAACUCCUAGAGACACUUUGGCUGGAAAAAGACUUUCUUGUAGGACAACAUCUCACUGUAGCGGAUCUCUUUGGGGCCUCGGAAAUAAACCAAUUAAAACUUUGUCAGUACAAUUUGGAUGAGAACAACUUUCCAAAGGUGGCCAAGUGGCUGAAAAAUGUUAGAGAAGCCGCCAAUCCCUAUCAUGACGAGUCGUUGGUUUUUGUUGAAAAGAAAUCUAAGCAAACCUCCAAUAUUUAA